AGGCGCAGAUGCUGCACUCUGCCAGACGCAGCCAGCGGGCGGCAGGUGAGGUGUCGAGAUGCCCAGCAUCUUCGCCUACCAGAGCUCCGAGGUGGACUGGUGUGAGCCCAACUUCCAGUACUCACAGCUGGUGGCCGAGUUCUACAACACGUUCAGCAAUGUCACCUUCUUAAUCUUUGGGCCCCUCAUGACAUUUCUGAUGCGCCCAUAUAUCCAGAAACGCUCCCGCUACAUUUACGUGCUGUUCAUUCUCUUCACAAUCACAGGACUGUUCUCCAUGUACUUUCACAUGACGCUCAGCUUCCUGGGCCAGAUGCUGGAUGAGAUCACUAUCCUGUGGCUGCUGGCCAGCGGCUACAGCUUAUGGUUGCCCCGCUGCUAUUUCCCUGCCUUCCUAGGGCAGAACAGGUCCCGGUACAUCUCAUUGAUCGUCAUCAUCACCCUGGUCAGUACCUUCCUGUCCUUCCUGAGGCCCACGAUCAACGCAUAUGCCCUAAACAUCAUUGGCUUGCACAUUGUCUACAUCGUGGUCCAGGAGUAUAAGAAGACCAAUAAUAAGGAGCUCCGGCAUCUGAUUGAGGUCUCCACGGUUAUCUGGGCUCUUGCCUUUACUAGCUGGAUCAGUGACCGCCUGCUUUGCAGUUUCUGGCAAUGGAUUAAUUUCUCCUACCUGCACAGCAUCUGGCACGUACUCAUCAGCUUCACCUUCCCCUAUGGCAUAGUCAUCCUGGCUGUGGUGGAUUCCACAUACGAGAUGCCGAACAAAACCAUCAAAGUCCGCUACUGGCCUCGGGACACUUGGCCCAUGGGGCUGCCCUACGUGGAGAUAGGUGAUGACCACAAGAGCUGCUGAGGUCCACCAGGGCUUCUUGAUCACCAGACACCUACGCAUCCACCAAGGACAGCAGCCUGAAUUGGGAGACCGAGAGAUGCUCGCAGUUCUGCGCUCCAGCUCCCUCUCCUCAUCAUCCUGGUCCUCCGUGUCCCCGUACCGAGGCAGGGGAUGGACUUCAUGACCUCUCUGUGCUGCAGUCUGAUGACCUUGGAGCUGCCCUCCAUGACCCGCCCCCAUCCUCUUUCACUUCCUCUUCCAGGUUUACCGUUUCACACGGCCCGUGGGGCUGGAUCUCUGAGGCGCUGUGCUUCUGUGGGAGCCACUGGGAAUGACCUCAGGCUGGGGCUUGGUCCCUGGGCAUCAUAUAAACAGUGGUGGUCACUGUGAGACUCUUCA